AUGAAAAUCCUCACAAAAGAGGAGCGAGAUGCCCACUACAAAAAAGUUGUCCAGGGCGGCGUAUUGGGUACUUUUCUGGGCCUCGCCGGCGGACUUGCCGGAGUCCUGGCCGCAUCACGUCGCUUCCACACCGUUCGCAGCCUGACACUUCCCAUGAAAGCAUUCCUCGUCACGUCGUCGAGCACAUUCGUUGGCAUCAUUGCCGCCGACCAUUCCUCACGCGCAUUCGAGGCCGCACGCAACCAGAACCUACAGUAUCUCGAACAGCGCGAAGCCCAACUACACAAGGACGAGUCAUCCGGGAUGACGAGCAAAGACCGCCUUUUCGAGUUCUUGCACGAGGAGAAAUAUAAAAUCAUUGGCGCGACAUGGAUAGCAAGUAUUAUAGGGUCUUUUGUGUUGGUUAGCCGAAACCCAUAUCUUACGGGACAACAAAAGCUGGUGCAGGCGCGUGUGUAUGCGCAAGGGUUAACAGUGGCGCUGAUGUGUGCGACGGCGGCGUUUGAGAUUCAUGGCCAGAGGCAGGGGCGAGGGAUUAUGGAUGCUGCGAAGAAGCAGCAGCAGCAGCAUCAUGAGAGAUACGAGGGUGAGGAUUUGUGGAUGGAUAUAGUUAGUGCUCAGGAGGACAAGCUGAAGAAGAAGCACCAGGACCUAUACAGGCACAAAGCUGGGCAUAAGGAAGCAAACCCGGACAAGAAGGAGGCCGAAGAGGGCGAUAAAGAGAAAUACACACUACAGAUCAUCAUGUCCGAAGAAACCUCAGAACGAACCCCUCUUCUCGCCGAGCCUGCCCCUGUCGCAGACCCGCCUCUCCAGGCUGGAACAACAGGGGAUCCUAGCAGCGACAACACGGCGGCGGACGAGCAUUAUGCCCGUUUUCGCAGACCGUUUGUCAUUUUGACAUCCUUUUCAGUGUUUCUCUCCGUGGUUGGCUUUGCGUCAAGUACUGCCGCCGCGGUUCUAGUUGCACAGUUUGCUCCCCCGGGCUGGUACUUGGACUGGACCACGUCUGAUAUGAAUACAUGGAUGAUUAUAACAACUAUACUCACCGCCUUUGUCGGCUUUCUCAACCUGAUUCGGCUGUUCAAUGACAAUCGACCGCUUUCGUUGUGGUUCAAUUUCAUCUGCGACGCGAUUUUCAUGUUUUAUCUAUUCGUGUGCUCGGUAGGAAUUCUCAUAUAUGCGAUUGGCCCUCAGUUUCCUUGCCAUGCACGUUAUGCUGGCGACGAUGAUGAAACCUGUCUGCCCUUUGCGAGAGCUGUUCGGGCUAUUUUUAUUAUUUCGUCGGGCAGUGAAUUGAUACUCGGCUUGGUCAUCUUGGCACUCUUUUUAAUACGCUGUGUGCUGAUAUGUAAUUUGAGACCCUGGCGUGCGGUUCAGAGGAGGAAUGGCCGAUGGAAUGUGCCUACCGGGGUGCUUACAUUUGAGUUCUCGAUCAAGUUUCUCCGACAGGAGGAGCGUGUUGAGACUGACGGUAGGGAAUAA